AUGAAAUCGCAUGAAAGCAAUCGAACUACACUUGCCCGUCCCAUGCCGCGCAUUGAGUCCCAGGAUGGAAACUUUUCAUGCUCCCACUGCUCUAGGUUAUGCCGAUCAGAUGGUGUUCUCAAGCGUCACAUGAAAGUUAACAAUGAUGCCAACACCGUGUCUAUUAUCUCAACAAGCGCCAAUGCUCAUGGGUGCCAAAUCUGCUACAAGAUAUGCGAGUCACUGGCAGGAAUGAAAAUUAAACGGUGUUCAGCUGACUCUCUCUUUCUCUACAUAAUUCGUUCAUUUUCAUAUCUAUCUAUCUAUCUAUCUAUCUAUCUAUCUAUCUAUCUAUCUAUCUAUCUAUCUAUCUAUCUAUCUCACAUGGUUCAUUAUCUAUCUAUCUAUCUAUCUAUCUAUCUAUCUAUCUAUCUAUCUAUCUUUCUUGUACCACGACUUCAGACGGAAUCUAUCGUAUGGAAUAGUCUAUAUAUCUAUCUAUCUAUCUUCUAUCUAUCAAAUCUAUCUAUCUCAUCUAUGGUAUCUAUUAUCUAUCUAUCUAUCUAUCUAUCUAUCUAUCUAUCUAUUAUCUAUCUGUUCAUUAUCUAUCUAUCUAUCUAUCUAUCUAUCUAUUAUCUAUCGAUCUAUGUUAGUCUAGUCAAAUCUAUCUAUCUAUCUAUCUAUCUAUCUAUCUAUCUAUCUAUCUAUCUAUCUAUCUCACUUUGUUUAUCUAUCUAUCUAUCUAUCUAUCUAUCUAUCUAUCUAUCUAUCUAA